GUAGAAUCUGAGGACGAAAGAGGACUGAACCCGUCGUAACGGAGGCAAAAUCCAGUUGCUCCUGGACAGAGUGGUAGGAAUCAUGGGAAGUGUGUUCCUCCCAUCGGAAGCGGCUCACUCCCUGCUGAAGAGGCUCCGCAGGGCAAACAGUGCGUUGGAGGAGAUCAAGCAGGGUAACAUCCAAAGGGAGUGUCGGGAGGAGAGCUGCAACUACGAGGAGGCGCGCGAGGCCUUCGAGGAUGACGAGAAAACGAGAAGGUUCUGGGAGGAAUACGUUCGUGAGAACAGCCCAGGUGGACCCGGAGGCCUGGGGUCAGGUAUAGGGCAGUUCCAGUCUCUCUACCUAAUACUUCCGCUGCUGGUGGGGCUGCUGCUGAUCGCCGUGGUGAUGGUGUCGGUGUGGAGGUGCCACUCGCGCAAGCUUUUCCAGCGAAAUUCCGGCUUCGGCCACACCAACCAAGAUCCCGCCCCCGCCUUUGUAGCCAUAGACAGGCAGGGGCGGAGCUACCACCCGGACAUGACCCCGCCCUCCAACCUGAGUGCCCCCAACAGCCCGGUGCAAACCGAGUCCGACCUCACGCCUGGCCGGAUGAGCAACGGGGACCCGCCCCCUUCUUACGAGGAGGCCAUGGGUCAUUCAGACCCACCCCCGCAGUAUGAGGACAUUAUCAACACCGGUGCCACCAGGGUGAUGAUCGGGCAGGGAAAGUGAUCCUCUCUCCGCCCCUGCCCCCUUCUCCCCCACCAGCCUUCAUACCCACACUCACUUCUCCUGCCCGGCUCCCCUUGAAACCCCUCUCCUUGUGUAUUGCUGAAUGUGAAAGUUACAUUUGUCCUGUUACAUGUGAAACUUACAUCCGUUAAUCUGUAUGUCCCACUGAAGUAAACAGCAGCAUCCUCUCCCCUCCACAGAGACACCAGCAUAUAGGAAGGGGGGUGGGGGGCGGCAGGACUGGGUCUUGAGUGGGUGGGGUUUGUAGCUAAGUUCUCACUGAAGUUCGCCUGAUGUGUGAACAGCACAGAGCAGGAUAUGGCUCUGCAGAGGAGUAGAGGCCAUGAGCUGCGUCCCAAUGUGCGUUUUUUGUGUCACUUGCUCUAAGCGCUUCCCCUCAAAAUGGCACCGAGUUGCGAGGGCGAGGGUAUCCCAAUCCGCAAAAUGAACCUUCAUUUGCCCUCAGCUGCUCCCUUCGAGUGAGUGUACAAGCUUGUAUCCCUCACAUUUGGUGUGGUGGUGGCAGUGUAGCAUAGUGAGUAAG